CCGGCCGGCCCCCCGCCCCAGCCCCGGAGGGAGCUCAUGGGAGUAUGAAGGAGAUGGUAGGAGGCUGCUGCGUAUGUUCGGACGAGAGGGGCUGGGCCGAGAACCCGCUGGUCUACUGUGAUGGGCACGCGUGCAGCGUGGCUGUCCACCAAGCUUGCUAUGGCAUCGUCCAGGUGCCAACGGGACCCUGGUUCUGCCGGAAAUGUGAAUCUCAGGAGCGAGCAGCCAGGGUGAGGUGUGAGCUGUGCCCACACAAAGACGGGGCAUUGAAGAGGACUGAUAAUGGAGGCUGGGCCCACGUGGUGUGUGCCCUCUACAUCCCGGAGGUGCAGUUCGCCAACGUGCUCACCAUGGAGCCCAUCGUGCUGCAGUACGUGCCUCAUGACCGCUUCAACAAGACAUGCUACAUCUGUGAGGAGCAGGGCCGGGAGAGCAAGGCGGCCUCAGGAGCCUGCAUGACCUGUAACCGCCACGGAUGUCGGCAAGCUUUCCAUGUCACCUGCGCCCAAAUGGCAGGCCUGCUGUGUGAGGAGGAAGUGCUGGAGGUGGACAACGUCAAGUACUGUGGCUAUUGCAAAUACCACUUCAGCAAAAUGAAGACAUCCCGGCAUACCAGCGGGGGAGGCGGAGGAACAGGAGGAGGAGGGGGUACAGGGGGCGGUGGCAGUGGCUUUAUUGCUGGCCGGAGAAGCCGGUCAGCCUCUCCAUCCACUCAGCAGGAGAAGCACCCUUCCCACCAUGAAAGGGGCCAGAAGAAGAGUCGAAAGGACAAAGAACGCCUUAAACAGAAGCACAAGAAGCGGCCUGAGUCACCCCCCAGCAUCCUCGCCCCGCCUGUGGUCCCCACUGCUGACAAGGUCCCCUCCUCAGCUUCCUCGUCCUCCCACCAUGAGGCCAGCACUCAGGAGACCUCUGAGAGCAGCAGGGACUCGAAGGGGAAAAAGUCUUCCAGCCAUAGCCUGAGUCACAAGGGGAAGAAACUGAGCAGUGGGAAAGGUGUGAGCAGUUUCACCUCGGCCUCCUCCUCCUCCUCCUCCUCCUCCUCCUCUUCCUCCUCCUCUGGGGGGCCCUUCCAGCCUGCAGUCUCGUCCCUGCAGAGCUCCCCCGACUUCUCGACGUUCCCCAAGCUGGAGCAGCCAGAGGAGGACAAGUACUCCAAGCCUGCAGCCCCUACCCCUUCAGCACCCCCCUCUCCCUCAGCCCCCGAGCCCCCCAAGGCUGAUCUCUUUGAGCAGAAGGUGGUCUUCUCUGGCUUUGGGCCCAUCAUGCGCUUCACCACCACCACCUCCAGCUCGGGCCGGGCCCGGGCCCCAUCCCCCGGAGACUACAAGUCUCCUCACGUCUCCGGGUCCGGGGCCUCAGCAGGCACCCACAAGCGGAUGCCCACACUGAGUGCCGCCCCUGUGCCUGCUGAGGAAACCCCUGAGACAGGCCUGAAGGAGAAGAAGCACAAGGCUAGCAAGAGGAGCCGACAUGGACCAGGUCGUCCCAAGGGCAGCCGGAACAAGGAGGGGACUGGGGGCCCAGCUGCCCCCUCCCUGCCCAAUGCCCAGCUGGCUGGCUUUACGGCCACUGCUGCCUCACCCUUCUCUGGAGGUUCCCUGGUCAGCUCUGGCCUGGGGGGUCUGGCCUCCCGCACGUUUGGGCCUUCAGGAAGCCUUCCCAGCCUGAGCCUGGAGUCCCCCCUGCUAGGGGCAGGCAUCUACACCAGUAAUAAGGACCCCAUCUCCCAUGGUGGCAGUAGUGGAAUGCUGCGUGCUGUCUGCAGCACCCCCCUCUCCUCCAGCCUGCUGGGGCCCCCAGGGACCUCGGCCCUGCCCCGCCUCAGCCGUUCCCCAUUCACCAGCACCCUCCCCUCCUCCUCUGCUUCUAUCUCCACCACUCAGGUGUUUUCUCUGGCUGGCUCUACCUUUAGCCUCCCUUCUACCCACAUCUUUGGAACCCCCAUGGGUGCCGUUAACCCCCUCCUCACCCAAGCCGAGAGCAGCCACACAGAGCCAGACCUGGAGGACUGCAGCUUCCGGUGUCGGGGGACCUCCCCCCAGGAGAGUCUGUCUUCCAUGUCCCCCAUCAGCAGCCUCCCCGCACUCUUUGACCAGACAGCCUCUGCACCCUGUGGGGGUGGCCAGUUAGACCCAGCGGCCCCGGGAACGACUAAUAUGGAGCAGCUGUUGGAGAAGCAGGGCGACGGCGAGGCCGGUGUCAACAUCGUGGAGAUGCUGAAGGCCCUGCACGCGCUGCAGAAGGAAAACCAGCGGCUUCAGGAACAGAUCCUGAGCCUGACGGCCAAGAAGGAGCGGUUGCAGAUUCUCAACGUGCAGCUUUCUGUGCCCUUCCCCGCCCUGCCUGCCGCCCUGCCUGCCGCCAACGGCCCAGUCCCUGGGCCCUAUGGCCUGCCUCCCCAAGCCGGCAGCAGCGAUUCCUUAAGCACCAGCAAGAGCCCCCCGGGGAAGAACAGUCUUGGCCUGGACAACUCUCUGUCCACGUCUUCCGAGGACCCACACUCAGGCUGCCCCAGCCGCAGCAGCUCGUCGCUGUCCUUCCACAGCACGCCCCCACCGCUGCCCCUGCUCCAGCAGAGCCCUGCCACUCUGCCCCUGGCCCUGCCUGGGGCCCCUGCCCCGCUCCCGCCCCAGCCACAGAAUGGGCUGGGGCGGGCACCGGGGGCGGCGGGGCUGGGGGCCAUGCCUAUGGCUGAGGGGCUGUUGGGAGGGCUGGCGGGCAGCGGGGCCCUGCCCCUCAAUGGGCUCCUGGGGGGGUUGAAUGGGGCUGCCGCCCCCAACCCUGCAGGCUUGAGCCAGGCUGGCGGGGCCCCCGCACUGCAGCUGCCGGGUUGUCUGAACAGCCUCACGGAGCAGCAGAGGCAUCUCCUGCAGCAGCAAGAGCAGCAGCUCCAGCAGCUCCAGCAGCUUCUGGCCUCCCCGCAGCUGACUCCGGAACACCAGACCGUUGUCUACCAGAUGAUCCAGCAGAUCCAGCAGAAGCGGGAGCUGCAGAGGCUGCAGAUGGCUGGGGGCUCCCAGCUGCCCAUGGCCAGUCUGCUGGCAGGAAGCUCCACCCCGCUGCUGUCCGCGGGCACCCCUGGCCUGCUGCCCGCAGCAUCCGCCCCCCCGCUGCUGCCUGCCGGGGCCCUGGUGGCUCCCUCACUGGGCAACACGAGUCUCAUGGCCGCAGCGGCGGCUGCUGCAGCAGUAGCAGCAGCAGGCGGACCUCCAGUCCUCACGGCCCAGACCAACCCCUUCCUCAGCCUGGCGGGGGCGGACAGCAGUGGCCCCAAAGGAGGGACCGCUGACAAAGGAACCUCAGCCAACCAGGAAAAAGGCUAAAUCCACCCAGCCCCUCCUGACCCCCAAAUGGAGGGGGCAGAUCUUGGCCUGAGGGGUCCUACCUAGCCUGGAGCGGGCACCGCACCCAGACACUGGAGAGCCCCAGCUCAGAGCUCGUGCUGAGGCCUGGGGAGUGUGGGGUGCUCCUGGUGCCAAGGACUGAGCCGGAGAGGGAUGCCCCCACCACUGGCCCCCUCUCCCUCUCCCCAGCCCCUUUGUGAGGGGCUCAGAGGGAGGACAGGCUCCAAACCCACCUAGGAGCCCCCACUCUCAGCAAUGUUUUGAGGUCCUCCAAGAGCCACAUGGGCCAUGGCAUAAGUGGGGGUUUGUUUGGACCCCCCCACAUAAAAUGGAUCAGCACUUGAGUGGGGAGAAGUGGGGGGACAGGCCCUGGGCCUGCCCACGCGCGGAAAUCCCUUACAAAAGAAAGGGCGGCCCUGCUUUACCUGCAGUUUCUCCCCGACUUGGGCAGAGGGUGGAAGAGAUCUCUUGGACUGUCUCUCCCCGCUCCCCUGCCCCUGCCCCCCAAGCGAGGGUUACAGGCUGAGCUUGUGAACGGCCCCGCAGAUGAGGGAGCUGAGGAAGGGGCAGGAUGGCACCAAACUCAGCCCAUGCUUCCCCACCUCUCGGGAGCCACCCCCUGCCCCCCCCC